AUGGGUUCGAAAGUUUCUAAAGUCUUGAUAAACUUCAAGGAUUCAAAUUCUUUGAAAAAUUUAUCAUCCCCUCCUAUCCUUCCUUCCAUUUCAUCAGAUAAAAAUAUAACAACAACCCUUGCGAGAUCACGUUCUGAAACGUUUAGAUUUGAAAACGGAAGAAGAUAUGUGAAUGACAAUAACACUUUUCGAUACCUUUUGCCGAACGAUGACGAAGAAAUUGAUCGUUUACAAUUGCAACAUUAUCUACUUCGUUAUAUAUGGCAAAAUAACUUUUCUUCCCCGAUUAAUGAGAUCCUGUUAUCCGGUGCAGACGUACUUGACGUUGGCUGCGGGCCCGGUACAUGGAUACUUGAGAUGGCAUCAGAAUACACUCAAUCCCGAUUUAUAGGAAUCGACAUUGCACAAAUUUUUCCUUCCGAGAUAAAGCCUUACAACGCAACAUUUCAAAAGCUAGACGUUACCCAUCGUUUACCUUUUGAUGAUAAUACUUUUGAUUUUAUACACAUGAGGUUAAUGUUUGUAGCUUUACGUGAAAAUGAUUGGAAGGAAAUUGUGUUUCCGGAAUUAUUUAGGAUCCUUAAACCAGGUGGGUUUAUUGAGUCGCAUGAAUUUGAUUUCAAUAUUAUUAAUCCAGGUCCGAAUAUGACGUGUUUGAUGAACGGAUUUGCUCAAUAUUUUAAAGGAGAAAAUGUAAACAUCUUUAUAUGUCCACUCAUUCCAGGAUUUCUACAUGAAACCAAUUUUAAAAAUGUCAAUGUUAUUAAUCAACCAGCUAAAUAUGGUUCUUGGGGUGGAAAAUUUGGCAAAUUUGCCAUUGACGAUUUUCUAACGUUGUUUCAAGCAGUAAAACAUAAGCUUUGCCCUAUUAUGAAAAUCGAUGAAGAUGAAUAUUGUGAUUUAUUAAAUAAGCUCGAAGAGGAAGUUAAUGAACACAAAACUUCAUAUAAG